CUGCCAAGCUCUGGAGCUGACGCGCAGGGGCAAGGCGCCCCGCGUCCCGUGCUGGCGGCUCCGCGCAUGCUCCUCCCUCCGGCGUCGCAGGCCUCCGGAGGCUCCGGAAGUACUGGGUGCAGCCUGAUGGCGCAGGAGGUAGACACCGCACAGGGCGCCGAGAUGCGGCGGGGCGCGGGCGCGGCUCGGGGACGCGCUUCCUGGUGCUGGGCCCUGGCGCUGCUCUGGCUCGCGGCGUUUCCGGGCUGGCCCCGGGCCUCGGGCAUCCCCUCCCGGCGCCACUGGCCGGUGCCCUACAAACGCUUUGACUUCCGUCCAAAACCUGAUCCUUAUUGUCAAGCUAAGUAUACUUUCUGUCCAACUGGCUCACCUAUCCCAGUUAUGGAGGGUGAUGAUGACAUUGAAGUUUUUCGAUUACAAGCCCCAGUAUGGGAAUUUAAAUAUGGAGACCUCCUGGGACACUUGAAAAUUAUGCAUGAUGCCAUUGGAUUCAGGAGUACAUUAACUGGCAAGAACUACACAAUGGAAUGGUAUGAACUUUUCCAACUUGGCAACUGUACAUUUCCCCAUCUCCGACCUGAAAUGGAUGCCCCUUUCUGGUGUAAUCAAGGCGCUGCCUGCUUUUUUGAGGGAAUUGAUGAUGUUCACUGGAAGGAAAAUGGGACAUUAGUUCAAGUAGCAACUAUAUCAGGAAACAUGUUCAACCAAAUGGCAAAGUGGGUGAAACAGGACAAUGAAACAGGAAUUUAUUACGAGACAUGGAAUGUAAAAGCCAGCCCAGAAAAGGGGGCAGAGACAUGGUUUGAUUCCUACGACUGUUCCAAAUUUGUGUUAAGGACCUUUGACAAGUUGGCUGAAUUUGGAGCAGAGUUCAAGAACAUAGAAACCAACUAUACAAGAAUAUUUCUUUACAGUGGAGAACCUACUUAUCUGGGAAAUGAAACAUCUGUUUUUGGGCCAACAGGAAACAAGACUCUUGGUUUAGCCAUAAAACGAUUUUAUUACCCCUUCAAACCACAUUUGCCAACUAAAGAAUUUCUGUUGAGUCUCUUGCAAAUUUUUGAUGCAGUGAUUGUGCACAGACAGUUCUAUUUAUUUUAUAAUUUUGAAUAUUGGUUUUUACCUAUGAAAUUCCCUUUUAUUAAAAUAACAUAUGAAGAAAUCCCUUUACCUAACAGAAACAAAACACUCUCUGCUUUAUAAAACAUCUUAAUUCUACUGCUCUUUUUUCUCCAAUCACCAGCAUCUGUUUUUCAGGGGGUGAUUUUACUUUUGUGAAUUCCUUAGCCUUUCUUCCUUGGCGCAUAAAGUUAAAAUGCACAUCAGCAGAAUUGCUGCAUAUUAACAUCUCAGGACUUUUUCUCUUGCAAAGAAGCUGAAAUUCGUACUAUAUUGGCCAAAGUGAGCGAGUUAGGUGAUCUUGGUUUCAAUUUCCGAGCCUUUGUUCAUAUGGAGGAUUAUGGUUCAUAUCAGUUAUGUAGGACCUUUGGACCCAAGGUCCUACAGAUAGAUAUGGUUUGCCGAGAUUUUAAAAAUACCUUCAAAAAUAAAAAAUACCUUCAGUGACAUUUUCAUGGUGGGAGCUCUUCUUUCUGGUAUGGCAGUUACACUUUUUCACUUAAGUGCUUUAGUUUAGGCUGACUUUACAACUUUUAUAACUUUUGGAACCAAGUUUAGUAUAGUCUGAUUACAUUCCAUUCACCUAACUUUAGACAUUCGUUUAGACACCAUAACUGGAGUGGUUGUGCUUCUAGAUGUGGCAAAUCCAGUGUUAACACAUAUUUCUGGCUGGGAUUUUGGAACUAGCUAGUAACUGGCUGGUGUUCUUUAAGCAACCUAACAUCACUAAAUCCUAGGAUUUAGGGUUGCCGUAAAGAUGUAAGUUGUGUAUGUUUGGCAGGUCACAUUGAAUGGCAGUGAUAAUGAUUAAUCAAAGAACAAAUGUCAUUCUUGAUCUUGCCUAAUGUAGUUUAUGUGCCAAACUUUCCCGGGUUUUAUAGUCACCUAGACUUUAAGCUGAUAGCAUAGUGCUUCCGCGGUUCUUCCAACCGGGGUAUGCAGGUACAUGGCUGCAGACACGUUUGGGUAAACAGGCACCUUCUGACUUCUUCACUGUUUCCUGUAGUUCUCCCUCUUCCCACAAAGCUGUCAGCACAGUGGAAGAGGCUGUGCUUCUCCGAGAGAGGACAGGUUUCUGUUAAGAUCACCAAGUAGCUGUGCUUAAAUUAGAGCCAGACAAGCUUUCAAGGUCCUUUAAGUAUUUGAUGAUCAACUGAACACGUUUCUAUUCAAGGAGAAAACACCAGUCAGUAAGAAGAUGGAGUAGAUAUCAGAUAAAACAAUUCACGUUUAAUAUGUAAAUGUACCAAUUAUGUGAUUCAGUUUCAACUAACAUUCAAGUACUUCCUGAGAGGUUAGUACAUUAUUAUUGAGCUCUCAUAGAAAGCUUAAUCAUAGAUAUAAUUAACCUGAUCCAAAUGAGUAAAUUGGACCUUAGAAAGGCUAAGUGAUCUUUCUCUGGCUAUCCAGCUAGUAGUAGUGAAGUCAGGUCUUGAACCCAGGUUCUGCUGACUGAAUUGGAUGCACUAUAGUACAGGCUUUUUAGCACCAAAGUGUGGUCCUCAGACCAGUGCCUGCCAACCAGAUGUUACUGGUCUGUGAGGAAAUAAGUACAGAUACUGACAGGAAGCUUUUAUAAAAUUUUAAAGCAAUUUGUUGGAGUGUUUUUGUUUCUGUUGGGCCUAAUUAAAAAAAUUGGCGCUUGUA